AUGUCGGAAUCAUCAUCGUCCGAAAAUAAUGAAACAUCAUCAUCAUCGUCAUUGUGGUUUGAAACAUUAUUUCGAAAAACAGAUACAACAUUUGUAACACGUAAUCGAUCAAAUUGUGUAUCGAAUACAACAUUAUCUGCAAGAGAAAGUUGGUCACGACUUCGACAGAUAUUUCAUCUUCCUAAUUUUAUUUCUUCGACAAUUAUGAAAGAUUCUUUUCAUUCAUCUUUUUCAAACUUUCGAUCGAUGGGUCAAUUUCUGGAAAAACCUAAAACUGAAAAACACAAUGUUAAUGGUAAAAAUGAUGAUCUUCGUUAUGGUCUUGGUUCUAUGCAAGGAUGGCGUGUGGAUAUGGAAGACGCACAUGCAGCAGUCCUUAAAUUAGAUGAUAAUCGUUGGUCACAUUGGUCAUAUUUUGGUAUAUUUGAUGGUCAUGCAGGAUAUCGUACAGCAGCUAAAUCAGCUGAAAAACUUCAUUUACGUAUACUUUCAUGUCUUAAUGGUUUAGUACAAGAAAAUGGAAAUUUAAAAUCAUCACAACAUCUAUCAUCAUCACAACUUGAUUUUAAUAAAUUUGAAAUGGCUAUAAAAGAUGCAUAUUUUAAAUUUGAUAAUGAAUGGAGAGAAGAAAAUCGUAGUAAUAAUCCAGAUGAUAAAAGUGGUUCAACAGCUAUAUCUUGUUUAAUUGAUCUUGAACGUAUUUAUUUUCUUAAUGUUGGUGAUUCACGAGCUAUUCUUGUAUCGACUGAUGGUCGAAUUCUUCUUGCAACAAAAGAUCAUAAACCAAGUGAUCAAGCUGAACGUCAACGAAUUCAAGAAGCCGGUGGUACUGUACUUAUACAAAGAGUAAAUGGUUCAUUAGCUGUAUCACGUGCUCUUGGUGAUUUUGAAUAUAAAAAUAAUUCAAAUCGUCGACCAGAUCAACAAUUAGUUUCACCAGAACCUGAAAUUACUUAUUAUACACGUCAAACUAAACAAGAUGAACAGAUUGCUUUUAUUGUACUUGCUUGUGAUGGUAUAUGGGAUGUAAUUACAAAUGAAGAAUUAGCUGCUUAUAUACUUGGUCGUAUGCGUGUAACAGAUGAUCUAUGUGAAAUUGCUAAUUCAAUACUUGAUAUGUGUUUAUAUAAAGGUAGCAAAGAUAAUAUGAGUUUGGCAAUUAUUGCAUUUAAAAAUGCACCAACACCAAGUCCAGAAUAUAAAGCAAAAGAUGAAGCACUUGAUAAUGAAAUUCGUAAAAAGACUAUUGAAAUCUACAAUCGUAAUCCAAAUAAAACAAGUUUAGAUGCUAGUACAGUUUGGCAACAAGUUAUGACAUCCCUUAAUGAACAAUCAUCGAUUCGUGAAGCACUUCCAGUUGGUGGUGGUUUUAUUGCAAAACGUUCUGUUUUUGAAACUACAUAUGAUUCAAUGACAAAAGGAACAAAUAAUACAACAAAUUCAAACAGCGGGACGUUAACAAAUAAUGAUCAUGAUGAUGAAAAAGAUGAAAAUGAUGAUGAUGAACCAACACCAUCAAAUUCUUCAUCUGGCGAUAUUCCAUCAACAAAUAGCACGAUUACUGCAUUGACGCAAUAG